UUGAAAUGCCCUACGUGCGGGAAAAAUUACAAGAGACGAGCCUGGUACAUUAAACACCUAAAAACACAUAAGGGUGUUGAAGCACGACAAUCGUUGGUAAGUUCUUCAAUUAUCACUUCGGAUAGAGUUGACCCUCACGUAUCCCAUGGUGAACCAUUAACUGGAAACCACCAGGAGUCCAUUAACAUCCGGACACGUCUUAGCAUUCCUAACAUGAAACAAUCGACUUGGAAAGUUCACGACGACAAUUUAGCGGUCCUGUUAGAGCAUCCGGGCUCGAAGCAGGAAUUGAACUCGCAGGUAGAAACUUUCCAAAAUACCGUUUAUGACUACUUCAACGAGCAAUAUCCACCACGUAAUCAUUACGCUCGCAAAAAUAAAGAAAAUUCGUUCAAGAUAAAAAUGAGGAAGAAAAAACGGGAAUUAAUAAAAAAUCUACGUAUAGCCAAAGCUCUAGGCGACAACCACCUUAGUCAUCAGCUAGCUAGGGCGUUAAGAUCAAUCCUUAAAUUAAUUCAACGAAUAUCGGCACAAACUGCAGAAUAUCGCGGUAAUUUUGACCGGGCCAAACAGGAAGUAGAUUUUUAUAAAAACCCUUUUGAGUAUUCGAAAACCAUUUUUAAGAAAGAACGCGGACAGCUUCUCUUGACCAACGAUCAAAUUUACGACCAUUUCAAGAGCACAUACGAAGUGCCUAAAAGUGUAAGGCUCUAUACGGAUCCAAACGAACAAAAACCGGAAAUUCCUCAUAUCGAUUUUCACGGCAUACCACCAACGUUAGACGAAAUAAGUAGUCACAUAAAGAGGAAAUCAUCUAAAUCUGCACCGGGCCCCGAUGGUAUCCCAUAUAUAGUCUUUAAAAAAUGUCCAUCGGUUCGUAAACACCUCCUAAAUAUAUACGGCAAAAUCUGGUCAAGGAAGCAAAUCCCGGAGUGUUUCGGGAAAGCAAUUUUUGUCCUCAUUCCCAAAAAAGAUCGAGUUACCGAUCCGAAGGAUACUAGACCGAUAGCCUUAACAAAUACAAUAUCUAAAAUCUUUUUCUCGGUCCUACAAACGAGAAUGACGCGAUUCAUGCUCAGCAACAAGUAUUUUAGGCCAAAUCACCAGAAAGGGUUUUUACCCGGGAUUUCUGGAUGCCUAGAACACAAUACCUUGCUGUCGGAGAGUUUGAAAGAUGCUAGAAAAAGCGAGCGGCAAAUUACAGUUUGUUGGAUAGACUUAGAGAACGCGUUCGGGUCGAUACAACACGAGUUGAUGCUAUUCGCGCUUAGAUGGUAUAACUUUCCACCCUUAGUUAGCGAUAUGAUUGCGUCGUAUUACUCAAAAUUAAAGUUUUCUAUUAUAACUAAAGAAGGCCCUUCAAAAAGUUUGAGUUACUAUGUAGGACUAUUCCAAGGGUGCUGUUUAUUUCCAAUAGUAUUUAAUAUUAUAAUCAAUAUCCUAGUAGAUAAACUUAUCAGCAAUGAGAAAAAAUGGGGGUAUCGGUUUAAGUUCAAUAACAAAUACACGGAAUCCAUUUUAGCCUUCGCUGACGAUCUCGCAAUACUGACACGUCUCCCCAAACACUGUCAAGUACUAUUGGAUGAAGUGGAUAAAUUCUGUGAGUGGACGGAUGGAUUGAGGACAAAACCAAGUAAAUGUCACUGUCUGUGUCUUGGUAGGCGGAAUACAAGAUACACCUCAUACGAUCCGGGACUAUCGAUAGGCGGUCAAUGCGUUUCUACGGUUACGGAAAAUGCACCAUUCAAGUUUCUCGGUCGUAAGAUUGAUAAUAUAGGUCGUACUCCAUCUUUAGAAGGAAUAGUAGAUAGCUUUUUAAAUGAUCUCAACAAGGUAGAUAGCCAGCAGAUCAGUAACGUAAAAAAAGCAUGGAUCUACGAUAAUUACUUAACUUCACGUUUGAAUUGGCCUUUCCUCGUCUAUGAUUUUAGUAAAACCCUUUUAUCUAAAUUAGAUGCAGGCGUCAUAAAGAUGUUGAAGUUGUGGCUCGGGCUCGCGCCAACGGCUGACUCAUCGGCUUUAUUCAGGGAUCGUAAUAGUUUUGGGAUGAAUCUAAAAAGACCAUCGGAGCUCUACAAACACCUAAGAGUUUCCAAGAGACAUAUCCUGGGAAAAUCCCAUGAUGACGUCGUUACAUCACUCCCAAAAGACAAUGAUGCCCCAGAGCUAGAGUCACGACUUCAAUUCCAUAAACAAUUUAUGAUCGGAGCGCAAAAUAACAGAGUAGGGUUAGGAUCAAGUAGGAAAGUCCAAGAUACGGAUAUAUUGAAGUCUUUUAUUCGGCAAGACGAGAACGAUAAAUACAAGAUCCAUGCAAUGAGUUUAGAAAUGCAGAACGAGUGGUUAGACAUGGGAGAUUUUUGCAUUCCACUAGCACUAAAAUGGCGCACCCUAAUUCAUGACUGGUCGCCAGCCUUGCUAAAAUUUUAUCUCAAUGCGUUCCAGAUGACUCUCCCAGAUCAGAGUAAUUUAGUAAGAUGGGGUAAAGGUACCGAAAAAACUUGCUAUAUCUGCGGAAAGGCAGUUGGAACUGCCAAGCAUUUGCUGGUGGGAUGUAAGGUUCUCCUGGACAGCGGUCAAUACUCGCGUCGUCACGAUAGGGUUUUAGAGAUCAUACGUGAAGCGGUUAGUCUUUCGGUAGCCAGAGCGCAAAGGGAAAUAACCACAAACGAGCGAUCAAUAGGUUUUGUGAGAGAGGGCACCAGGGCUAUAAAAUCAAACGUCAAGCCUUACUCUAUCCUUAAAGCGGCUUCGGAUUGGACUAUCAUGAUGGAUACGUAUGAGAAACAAUACAAAAUCCCCGAGGAUAUUUGUGCGUCAGCCUCCAGACCAGACAUAUUUCUAUAUUCGCGUAUUUUAAAGCGCGUUGUGAUGAUAGAGCUUACGGUGCCUUGGGAAACCAACAUCCCCAAAGACCAUGCCAUCAAGGUCAAUAAGUAUUACGAGCUCACUAACGAACUAACUCGAAAUAGGUUCGUCGUUGAUUUGUACGCGGUAGAGGUGGGAGCGAGAGGUAUAACAGCUAAAUCUCUCUAUAACCUACUAAAAGACUUGGGCCUGUCCAGAACUAACAUUAAUUCAUUCUUAGAACGUACGUCGAAGGCAGCCCUAGUAGGUUCUUUUCAAAUUUGGUUAGGUAGGGAGAGGAACUUGGACAGUGGAGGUGAGCGUAUAACGCGCGUUAGUUAA